UCGAUUGUUUUUAUUUUCAGUUUCUUCUUCGAAAUGGCGACGAAGGUUUGCAGCAGAUUAUUUCUAACGAAAAAUUUAGUGAAUUUAACAAAAAAUCUAAGACCAGUUCAAAGAAAUUAUAGUAAUGUCCGUUUUAAUGCAGAGAAUCGAAAAAAUUAUGUAAAAUAUUUACUAAUUGUUGGUGGCGGUGUGACCGCAUUUGUGUGUGCAAAUUUAGUUAAAACCAAAACGAAUACUGUUCAGGCAUUUAAUAUAAAACGCAUUAAGCGAGAUGAACUAUCCUCUUCCGUUAAACUCACUGCCCGAGAAAGACGUUUUAUUAAAUUCUCUUCGGUGGAAUAUGAUGGACAAUUGUAUAUGACACCACAAGAUUUUCUUGAUUCUGUUGUUGAACAGGAACCCAGACCUCGUCUCAAACGUCGUAUAUUAACCGAUCAAGAGGUAACAAAAAUUAAGGAUGAAACACCACCAUUAAAGAAGGGCUCUAAUCAAUUAUUUAGAACUCUUAGGGAUAAAGGAAUUAUUUCUUAUACGGAAUACUUGUUUCUUUUAUCUAUUUUGACUAAACCCAAAUCUGGUUUUCGUAUUGCUUUUAAUAUGUUUGAUACUGAUGGUAAUCAACGUGUGGACAAAAAUGAAUUUUUGGUGAUUUUAAAAAUUUUGGGUGGCUCUUUUCGUUCACAUGAAUUGGAUGAGGAAACUAGACGCAUUCUUAAACGUUUAGUUUCCACUGAAGAACAAGCCAAAGAAUUGUAUUACAAGAAAAAGAAAGACAAAAAGGUUACGAACACAUUUAUGGAACGCAUUUUUAGUGGAGCUUGGAAAGAUAAACGUGGUAAAACUCAAACUAACGAGGAGGAAUCUGAACAAGUUAAAAAAGAUGGUGAUGAAGAAAGCGAAGAGGAUAAUUAUAUCGAUGAUGAGGAAGGUUUACAGCGUAAACAUAAAGUGGAUACAACUUUACAAACCCAUUUGUUUGGUAAAAAAGGCAAUCAGGAUUUAUACUAUGAGGGUUUCUACAAAUUCAUGGACAAUUUACAAACUGAAGUAUUAGAAUUGGAAUUUACCGAAUUCUCUAAAGGCAACAAAGCCAUUACUGAAGUAGAUUUUGCUAAAAUAUUAUUGCGUUAUACCUAUUUGGAUACGGAUGAGUAUGAUAGUUUUUUGGAACGUCUUUUAGAUCGUGUUAAGGAUGAACAGGGCAUAACAUUUGAUGAAUUUCGUGAUUUUUGUCGAUUCCUUAACAAUCUGGAAGAUUUUGCAAUAGCUAUGCGUAUGUACACUUUAGCCGAUCGUGCUAUUUCAAAAGAUGAAUUUUCUAGAGCUGUUAAAAUUUGCACCGGCUAUACCUUGUCCAAACAUUUGAUUGAUACCGUAUUUGCCAUUUUCGAUCAGGAUGGUGAUGGUUUAUUGUCUUAUAAGGAAUUCAUUGCUAUAAUGAAAGAACGUUUACAUCGUGGUUUUAAAUCGGUGGCCAAAUCCGAAGGAUGGGAUGCUUUCAAAGUUUGUGUUAAACAGGAAAUGAAGCAAAAUAGAUAAAUUAUUGAAUAUGCUAAAGAACUAGUUAAACGAAAGAAGCUUUUAUCAGGCCAAAUUUAAACUUAUUUAAAACAUAUAAACUAAUUAUUUACAUUUUAUUAGAUUCAUAUUAAUUAAAAAAAUUGUUAAUUAAUUUAAAAAUAUAAUUCAUGUAUAACUUGCCAUUUAAUUAAAUUUUAUUUGUUUAAAAAACAUAUUUUAAGCGCUCAACGAGUUACAUAUAUGGUCCUACGAUUAUACUUAUGUAACACUUGCUAAAUUGCAAUCUUUGUAAUACAUAUUUAAAUUACUAUUAUAAAUAAUAUUAUGUUUUAUUAUAUGAACACAUAUUUCAAAUAUGAUGUAGAAUUUAUUACAAAAUGUAUCAUUAUGUUAAGAACUUAAAUAUUUUGAAUAUCAUUAAUAACUAAAACUUUUUGCUUUGUUAAUCAUAUAUUAUUUUGUUGAAAAAAUGCACAUUUAUAAUAAUUUUAAAUUGAAAUAAAAACAAAUUGCAGUAAGCAUAGUUAAAAAAUAAAACAUUAACAAGGUUCUAAUAAGCAUCUCCUGUUUAAGGUUUAAGAUACCUUUGAACAUUGACCGAACCACUCAUGAAAGUUAAGCUCAAAAUAUCAAUGACGUAAAUUGAUACAACAGUUUUUUUAUCACAAUUUUGAAAUGAGUCCAACAAGUUCCCAAUAAUGUGCAUUUUUUGUUAUCAGAAAUUAUUAAUCACUAAUCCAUUAGUCAUUUGUUAAUUAAUUUAUUAAGUACUUACUGUUUCUAUUAAUUGUGUAUUAAGAAUCAAUAUUAAUUAUUUA